AAGGGCCACGCCACUGGUUUGUCAUCUCGCCUGGGUAUUGCUGAAGACGCGGCGUUUUAUCCUGAUGGAGAGGCUUGAGAGGACGACUGAUUCCCUGUAAUCAGAGCAAACAGAGAGGUGUGAUGGCCAGCUGGAGGCCAUGCCACCAUGUUACCACCGGGAGAGCGGCUCAGCAUCUGUCGGGCUGAGCUGCACCAAGAGGUAAAGAACCAGAGCAACUCCAGAGGAUGUCGCUGCUAAUUUUCAACGUCAGCUACAACGUGUCCAACAUGGCAGCCUCCUUCUUCAGCUUGACACCUGAAGCAGACCACAACAACAUAACAGACAAGAUGGCUUUGCAGAUGGUAACUGUGCUGACAAAUGUCACCAAUGCGACUGGUAUUCCACCACCUGACGUAGAAGGGAGGUCAAGUAUGGGGAUGGUGCUUGUACCAGUUGGAAUUAUCACCGUUAUAGCAUUAGCUGUGGCGAUGGUUCUAUACAUCAGGAAAAGGAAAAGAUUGGAAAAGCUUCGUCACCAGUUGAUGCCAAUGUACAACUUUGAUCCUGGCGAGGAACAGGAUGAACUAGAGCAGGAGCUACUUGACCAUGGCCGUGACACCGCUUCCCAGGGCCCGCAGAGCAAGAUUCUGAUGCCAAGUCAAGGAUCCUUGCAGAGGCCCAGCAGACUUGUGUUCACCGAUGUGGCCAAUGCCAUCAAAGCCUGA